UUCAAGGCGUGUAAGGGCAUUAGAUUCUUGUACGCGGACAAGCUACUGCUGAUGUUGGCAGCACAAACGCACACACAUACAUGUACAGACAUGAUUCCAUUCCGUAGUAGGCGCAUCCGUAGCCUUUCUGGCACCAAACGAAACAAAUCUUCAAGGCUAGAAAGAUACUGUGAUAGACUAACCCACCACACACACACACACACACACAGAAUCUGCAACAAUAUAUAUCCCUCUCUAUAGAGUGUCUAUUUAUUUCAAUUAAUACAUUUUAUAGUUGAAUUUUAGCGAGCCGUUUUUAAGAUUUUCAAUAUUUUCUUAAUAUUUUUCAUUGAAAUUUAACUGAAUCAACGCAAAAACAGAAAAAUUUAAUUUAAAAAAAUGGCAACUCGUAUGAAUGAUAUGGGUAUGGAUGUACAAAUUAAUCGUCGGUUAAACAGCAAAUAUGAUGCUGAGAGUGAAGCUGAAGCGAUUGGUUGGGUGAAUCAAUUAACUAGCGAGAAUGUUCCAUUUGGAAGAGAAAAUGUUGCGGCUGCUUUAAAAAAUGGACAAAUAUUGAUCAAAUUGGUUAACGUUGUAUUCGAUGGUACUGCAUCACUGCCUCCAGCAGCGGCUAAAAUGAAGAGGCCAUUCAAAGCCAACACCAUGACUGCACCAUUUAAACAAAUGGAAAAUAUUCAAACAUUUUUAAACGCAGCCUGUGCAUACGGUGUACCUAGAGCCAGUUUAUUUCAAACAGUUGAUCUAUACGAAUUACGCAAUAUGCCACAAGUGUUAAACACAAUUUUACAACUUGGUACAGAGUGUCAAAGGAACAAUUUCAAUGGACCAGUAUGCGGACCAAAACCAACCUAUGAAAAUAAACGUGAAUUCACAGAAGAACAGUUAAGAGCCUCUGAAGGUAUAAUUGGUUUACAGGCUGGAACUAAUAAAUGCGCUAGUCAGGCUGGAAUGAGUCAUGGUGGGCCACGUCAUAUCACUGAUAUUAAAGUUGACGCAGCAUCAAAAGAAAGUCAAGGCGUUAUUGGUCUUCAAAUGGGUACUAAUAAACUUGCCAGUCAAGCUGGAAUGAGUCAUGGUGGGCCACGUCAUAUCACUGAUAUUAAAGUAGACGCUGCAUCAAAAGAAAGUCAAGGCGUUAUUGGUCUUCAAAUGGGUUCUAACAAAGGUGCUAGUCAGGCUGGAAUGAGUCAUGGUGGGCCAAGACACAUUACUGAUAUCAAAGUUGAUGCAGCAUCAAAAGAAGGACAAAAUGUUAUUGGUCUUCAAAUGGGUACAAAUAAACUUGCCAGUCAAGCUGGUAUGAGUCAUGGUGGUCAACGACACAUUGCUGAUAUUAAAGUCGGUGAAAUAUCAAAAGAAGGUCAAAAUGUUAUUGGCUUACAAAUGGGUGCUGGGAAAGAUCAAGUUGCUUCACAGUCUGGUAUGAGUUUCGGUGCCCAACGUCAUAUUGUUGAUUCACAUUAAAUAAAAAACGAAACUCAUCAUCAAUACUUCGAUUCUUAAGUCAUCUUUCUUUUUUCUUUCCUGGGCUUUUUGCUUACUUGGUUUAAUUUAUCAUUCCUAUCUUGCCUUUUAGAAUGAUUAUAUUAAUUCAAUCUUUGUCAUGCUUUGUCAUUGAAUCUUUUAACCAUAAUCUUUAACAAUUGAACAUGUUUUUGCUUUAAAUGGAUUAUCAUGAAUGGCGGGACAAACAUAAUUGGAUAUUAUUUAAAAAAUAAAAACAAAUUUAUUCUGUCUUAUUUCAAACAAUAAUUCUGCCUGUAUUAAUCUAAAGAUUUUGGUGAUUUAUUAUUAUUUUCUUGAAUUCUUAAUAAAAAUAAUAAAAAAAAUACAAUUUGAAAGUGAACUAAUAAUAAUAAUGAUGAUUAAGCAAUAUUGAUUUACUUCAAAUGAUUAUACUUCGCGGCUUAACUCCCGUAUUUAAAACAAACAAAAAGGAAUUGAACAAUUGAACACUUGACUUAUAUAUUUCAUCGCUUUAUGAAAAGGUAUUCUCGUCUCUUUUCUUUGACAUUUUGCUUUUUGAAAAUUCGGUUAUUUAUUUAUUUACUUAUUUAUUUAUUUAUUGAAUAGAGU